ACCUUGAACGCUUUUGUGAAAAACACGUUUGGUCGACAUGGAAUAGCUUUGCGGAUCAUGCAUACGUACACACGCCGUGUACAUAGUAUUGCAUUUAGUGUAUAACUUGCGAAGCACGGAGAUAUUUACCUUCUUGCCAAAGUUGCGACUGAGUUUCACCUAUUUUACUUGGCGGCAAAAGGCUUCCAGUCUUUGUGAUCAACAUGUGAGUCUGGUUACGGCUGCAUUAUGGGAUGUUUGCACUCGAUAGUUUCUGGAAGCUGGAUUGUAUAUUUUGUAGUUUUACUGUGUUCCAUCUCAUCGGAAGCCCAAACGGACGUCGGGUUCCAGUUUAGGAACAAUUUUACCGCGAUCUCUAACGAUGUUGACAACUUUAAAAGUAAACUGUUUACUGAUGUUAUUGAUCUCUUCAACUUCAACAAUACUGAAGUGAAAUCCAGAACGGUAACUAAAGGUGCAGAUGGGAGGAUUGAAGUUAACUUUACUCUCAACAUCGACACAACACUAAAGGAAAAGCUACAGGCCAGGAGUAGGCUGGAGAAGAGUCUUCGGAUGGAAGACUAUGAGUGCGUCUUUAACAACACAAUUUUCACUGUGGACGGUUCAACGGUGUGGAUGGCAACCAGCUUCCGAGAUAACUGGCACCAGUACGCUCCAGAAAUCACUAUUGCAAUUAUCUGUGGCCUGGCGGCGCUGGCAAUAUUUGUCUCGUCUAUUUACCUUCUUUGUAUGAACCGAAAACAUGAAAAGAUCGAGAAACACACCCCGCGGAGAUCACUUCCCCAAUCCUACAGCGCCAAUUCCCUUGGACAAAUCAACGGGGGCUUCGUGUUGGAAGACAUCAACGGCGGACAAAGAGUACACACGCCGAAGUCAAGCAUUGGCUCGACGCGGUUCUUCAACGAUCGAGACACGCUAUACGACAAGCUCAUUUAUGCAUACUACGAAGUCCCGCCAAAACACAUGUACAGUUUUCUGUAGGACAGCUGAACUAUACAACUCAUAUAAAAAUAAUUGUCUGAUCGUGCUUUGGACAUUCUUUUCUGUCGAAAACGUCUAAAUUGUUUGUUACUGAUUGCUUGAUUUUUAUUCAUAUUAAGCCUAUGGCAAAUAUCCGACAAAUAUGCUUUGUUUUCCAUGAAUGUAUAUGUACACAUUUUCUUCUUUUUUGGUCUAAGGUAAUGAACUAACACUAUGGGAACAGACUGCAAUGAAUAAAAGUGACGAUGAAAAAUAUUUUUAUUUUAGGCAUUCACAAAUACAAAUAUAACAUGCUUUCAGGGUCGAUAGUUGAUGUUACCAUACCUUACAAAUAUCAGUGUCUGAUAGCUGAAAUCUCAUUGGUCUGUUCUUGCGUGUUAGCUGUUUUUUUCUGUCUACCAGGCGCGCACGCGCUAGUUGUGUUCUUAGUUUGAUUUUCUUUAGCACUACGAAAUCAGUAGGCCCAAGAAGCUAUUAAAACUAUACUUUGUCAAGUGUCGAUUAAGCUUACCAUAUCAAAAAUGUAUGAUUUCACUGACGUUGAACGAUGCUCUGCACACUACAGUUAUUAAUCCAAGUUACUAUCUCUUGAGCCUAGUGUCCAUAUGGUCGCAACGAGCGCCGACAGCACGCAAGAUGUCAAGACGCUCGUAGUCGCUGGAAAGACGUACACUCACCCACACUCACACCCCCGUAGAACAAAAUGGCGUCCGAAACUCGAAAUCUUUUUUUCCUGUUUAGGUAGUGACACUGCAGUUUGAGGUAUUUUGUUUAUGGUCCGCUAAUUGUUGAUGGUUGGGUCGUCAUAUGUUAGUAAUAAGGAAACAUCUGUGGGAAAAUGAAUUUUAUUCUCGGCAAAUGAGUCAUUGUACGCUUGUCAUGCCAGCAUACGUGUUUGUAUAGACCUACUCUGGCGAGUUAAUGCAGACAGUCGGCAAAGUUGAACCAAGUUCACCUUUUCCCCUAUCUGUGUCACCACUUUCAUUCGAUUGCAUAUCGUCAAACACUGAUCGAUGAUGCCUCUGCGUCUUUUUACGUGGAUACGGAAACCAGCUUUCUUUACUUUAUCUGAUCAAAAUGGCAAUAAUGUCAGUAUAGUUUAUAUAUAGUGAAAAAAUAGUACAUGUAAUUAUUUAAAAUGUGCAAAAAUAAUAAAUGCCUAUUUUUCAUCUGCCUCUAAUGUUGAUUUAAA